UCUAAGAUGCUCUGAGGAUUCUCUGAGAACUUAUGAGCUAAUAAUGCUUAGGGAUUUAGUGUCCUGAACAACUCUUUAAUCCUCUGCUUCUUGAAUCCCACCCUAAGCCAGGACCUUCUGUCACAUCUCUAAGAGCUUCAGGCAGUUUCAAAUCUCCUGAGCGACCAUUCUGUCUGACCCUUAGGGUUUCUAUGAGGUACCACUCAGGAUUUCCUCAGUCAUUUUGACCCGGAUGUAUUUCCUCCUUGGCACUCUGCCUCAGGUAGUACUCUGAAGGCUGAACAACAGCAGCAAAGCAAACAACACCAUGGGUGAGAUCAGUCAAGGUGUCGUAGAGAAAUACCUUGAGGAGAACCCUCGCUUUGCCAAGGAGUACUUUGACAAGAAGCUUCGGGUGGAGGUGCUGGGAGAGAUAUUUCAGAACAGCCCGUUGUCCAUCAAGGACAGCGCCUCCUUUGCUGAACUAACACAGGUGGAAGAGUCGGCCGUGUGCUUGGAGUUGCUGCGGACAAUGCAGGAGGAGGCAGGGAGCAUGGAGCUGAUGGUGCACAAGGCUCUGCAGAGGCUGGCCCAGCUACUGUGGGCUGACCGCUGCAGCAUGUUCAUAUGCCGGGCCCGCAACGGCACGCCGGAGGUGGCCUCCAGGCUACUGAACAUCACCUCAGCCUCCAAGUUUGAGGACAACCUGGUGGUCCCUGACAGAGAAAUUGUGUUUCCAUUGGACAUUGGGAUUGUGGGCUGGGUUGCUCACACGAAGAAAGCCCUUAAUGUCCCAGAUGUGAAAAAGAUCCUUAUGUGGUCAGCCAACAAAGUAUUUGAAGAGCUCACAGAUGUUGAGAGACAGUUUCACAAAGCCCUCUACACAGUUAGAACAUAUCUCAACUGUGAACGAUACUCCAUCGGACUACUAGACAUGACCAAAGAGAAGGAAUUCUUUGAUGAAUGGCCAGUCAAGCUUGGAGAAGUGGAGCCCUAUAAAGGUCCAAAGACACCAGAUGGCAGAGAAAUCAUCUUUUAUAAAGUCAUUGAUUACAUUUUACAUGGAAAAGAAGAAAUCAAAGUGAUUCCGACACCUCCUGCAGACCACUGGACUUUUGUUAGUGGGUUGCCUACAUACGUUGCUGAAAAUGGACUUAUAUGUAACAUGCUGAAUGCCCCGGCGGAUGAAUACUUCACAUUUCAGAAAGGACCUGUAGAUGAAACUGGUUGGGUCAUUAAAAACGUCCUGUCCCUGCCUAUUGUCAACAAGAAAGAAGACAUUGUGGGAGUAGCUACAUUUUACAACAGAAAGGAUGGAAAACCUUUUGACGAGUAUGAUGAACACAUUACUGAGACUCUCACACAAUUUCUUGGAUGGUCCCUUUUAAAUACUGACACCUAUGAGAAAAUGAAUAAACUAGAAAACAAAAAAGACAUUGCUCAGGAAAUGCUCAUGAACCACACCAAAGCCACUCCUGAUGAAAUUAAGUCUAUAUUGAAAUUUAAAGAGAAGUUAAAUAUAGAUGUAAUUGAAGACUGUGAAGAAAAGCAACUUGUCACCAUUUUAAAAGAGGACUUGCCAGACCCGAAGCAAGCAGAGCUGUAUGAAUUCUGCUUUAGCGACUUGCCCAUAACCGAGCACGAAUUGAUUAAGUGUGGACUACGACUAUUCUUUGAAAUAAAUGUGGUGGAGAAAUUCAAAGUGCCUGUAGAGGUUCUUACCAGGUGGAUGUACACUGUGAGAAAAGGGUACCGCUCUGUCACUUACCACAACUGGCGGCAUGGAUUCAAUGUGGGGCAGACCAUGUUUACUUUGCUGAUGACAGGAAGACUAAAGAAAUACUAUACGGAUCUUGAAGCCUUUGCCAUGCUUGCUGCUGCUUUUUGCCAUGACAUUGACCACAGAGGCACCAAUAAUUUGUUUCAGAUGAAAUCUGCAACUCCAUUGGCAAAGCUUCAUGGAUCUUCCAUUUUGGAGAGGCACCACCUGGAGUACAGUAAGACUCUACUGCAGGAUGAGACUUUAAACAUCUUCCAGAACCUAAAUAAACGCCAGUUUGAAACAGUCAUUCAUUUGUUUGAAGUUGCAAUAAUAGCAACUGACCUGGCUUUGUAUUUCAAGAAGAGAACCAUGUUUCAAAAAAUUGUUGAUGCCUGUGAAAAAAUGGAAACUGAAGGAGAGGCUAUCAAAUACGUAACCACUGAUCCAACCAAAAAAGAGAUUAUCAUGGCAAUGAUGAUGACUGCAUGUGACUUGUCUGCCAUAACCAAGCCCUGGGAGGUACAAAGCCAGGUAGCUCUUCUGGUUGCAAAUGAAUUUUGGGAACAAGGAGAUCUGGAGAGAACAGUGCUACAGCAACAACCUAUUCCUAUGAUGGACAGAAACAAAAAAGAUGAACUACCUAAACUGCAAGUUGGAUUUAUUGAUUUUGUUUGUACUUUUGUAUAUAAGGAAUUCUCACGGUUUCACAAAGAAAUCACACCUAUGCUGAAUGGUCUUCAGUGUAACAGAAUAGAAUGGAAAACUCUAGCCGAUGAGUAUGAUGAAAAAAUGAAGGUAAUUGAAGAGGAGGUGAAAAAGCAGGAAGAAAGAAACACAACAGAAAAAGGUUAGAUGGAAUCUGUUUAUGCUCCUUGUAAAGCAGCCCAAAGUCAGGCCGAGCUUAACUUUGCAUGACAGAGAUAUGAGAAGUAACUGCAAACAGGAAAUGAGCUUUACCGUGCACAGAAGUUGACUAGUGGUUUUCCACUUUUUCCCCCAAUCUUAUGUAAUUCCAGAUAGCACUGUGCUGUUUCAGUUGAAGCAGAGGUUGGGGGGCUUCUUCAUCCACUCUAUAAGGUGGCCCCUGAGGCAUCUCCACAGAACACUGGGUUUUUAGGAUUAGUAUGAAAAGCCACAGAAUCAGUGAGAUCAGGGUUGAGUGAGGAAAGUUUCUGUCCCAAUAUUACGCAUUAGCUGUGAAACUGUGGGCAAAUUGCUUCACCUCUCUGAACUUAAUAUUCUUCUCUAUAUCAGGUUUUUCAAGGUAUCCAAUUACUUCCACACUUAAGGAAGCUCUAUACCCAACCCAGUACCGUCGAGUCGAUUCUGACUCAUAGCGAAGCCCUAUAUGUACAGUAACUCUGACAAGCUUUGACAAAUAUCCCAAACAUCUUUACACAGUGCUAUUUUUCCUGGCCUGAAAUUUCUACUCCUAAAGUCACUCUAAGGAGACCUGGUGGUGCAAAUGGUCAAGUGCUUGGCUCUUAACCAAAAGGUUAGCAGUUCAAACCCAGUGGCAAAAAGACCUGGCGAUAUGCUCCCGUAGAUUACAGCCAAGAAAACCCUAUGGGGGUAGUUCUACUUUGUUACAUGGGUUGCUAUGAGUCGAAACCGACUCGACUGCAAAAAACCACCACUACAAAGUCACUCUAUCGGGUUUAACACUGUCUCCAGAAAGCCUCUGUUAAAACUUAGAAUCAUCAAAUGACCCAAACAUCAUCUUGAAAGUGGAA